AUGAUAGCUCAAAAAUAUCCGAAGUUUCGGGCACACCUGAUAGCGACUAGUCUAGCUAUUGGGAUCACAUUCCUUGCGUAUGGCACAUACAAAACUGCAAUGGUAAUUAAGGGAUGGAUGAAUGCCUCUCCCCGACUUCAGCAUCAAGAAAUGGAGGAUUUCCUGUAUUUUAAGGAAAAAGAAGCUCGUCUAAAAUCAAUGAAGUCAGAACAGUGA